AUGGAAUGGUGUGACCUAAACCAAAAGCAAUGGCAAGACUGCCCCCGCCAAACAUGUGAAGACUUCUUCUCAAAGGUCCUUAAGAAAUUCCAGGAUCUUGAGUAUAUCCCUUAUUUUGAUCCGGAUGAUGGAGCGCAAGUUCCUAAAUGUAAGAUCAAGGAGAAUCCUAUUCUAUUCCAGAAUAUCUUCCCUGGUGGAAUUCGCCUUCCGACUGAUCCCCAGGCUGCUGUUCAAUGUGAGAAAAGGGGAGUGGGCCAGGAUAGCAUACGUGGUGAUCUUAAUCAAUGGAGGGCUCUACAGAAGCUUUAUCGCGAUGCGGGCUGGGCGGGCGAAUUUGACGGAGAGCUUUUCGACAAUAGACGGAGGGAUUUGUUGCGUGUGAUGAAGGAUCUCCAGGGCCAAUCUAGGAGAUGGAACAACAUUCCAGAGGAUAGCAAAACAGAGGAGAUGCGAAUCGCUGAGCGGGCGUUUCGUCAGCGUCGGGAGGAAUUUUGGGCUGAGAGUGCUGGAGAGUACUAUCUUUAA